AUGAAAUUCCCGGGCUCGGUGCUGGCGUCCGUGUUCCUGUUCGUGGCUGAGACGACGGCGGCGCUGUACCUGAGCAGCACCUACCGCUCGGGCGGGGACGGCAUGUGGCAGGCGCUGACGCUGCUCUUCUCACUGCUGCCCUGUGCCCUUGUGCAGCUCACGCUCCUCUUCGUGCACCGCGACUUCAGCCGCGACCGGCCGCUCGUGCUGCUGCUGCACCUGCUACAGCUCGGGCCACUCUUUAGGUGUUUUGAAGUCUUCUGCAUCUAUUGUCAGUCAAGCCACAUCGAAGAGCCUUAUGUCAGCAUCACCAAGAAGCGACAGAUGCCAAAAAAUGGCCUCUCAGAGGAAAUUGAGAAGGAGGUGGGCCAGGCAGAGGGCAAGCUAUUCACCCACCGAUCUGCGUUCAGCCGGGCAUCAGUGAUCCAGGCUUUCCUGGGCUCAGCCCCUCAGCUGACCCUGCAGCUGUACAUAACCGCCCUGCAGCAGGACGUCACUAUCGGAAGAUGUCUCUUCAUGGUCCUCUCCCUAUUGUCCAUCGUGUAUGGAGCCUUGCGCUGUAACAUCCUAGCCAUCAAGAUCAAAUACGAUGAAUAUGAUGUCAAAGUGAAGCCCCUGGCCUAUGUCUGUAUCUUCCUCUGGAGGAGCUUUGAGAUUGCCACUCGAGUCAUUGUCCUGGUCCUCUUUACCUCUGUCCUGAAGACCUGGGUCGUGAUAGACAUACUCAUCAACUUCCUCAGCUUCCUCUUCUACCCCUGGAUCCUCUUCUGGUGCAGUGGCUCCCCCUUCCCUGAGAACAUCGAGAAGGCCCUCAGUCGGGUGGGCACCACCAUCGUGCUGUGCUUCCUCACCUUACUCUACGCCGGCAUCAACAUGUUCUGCUGGUCAGCGGUACAGCUGAAAAUCAACAACCCCGACCUCAUCAGCAAGUCCCAGAACUGGUACCAGCUGCUGGUGUACUACAUGUUGAGAUUCAUCGAGAACGCCUUCCUCCUCCUCAUGUGGUAUCUUUACAAGACUGACAUCUACAUGUAUGUGUGCGCACCCCUGCUGAUCCUACAGUUGCUCAUCGGGUACUGCACGGCCAUUCUGUUCAUGAUCGUGUUCUAUCAAUUCUUCCACCCUUGCAAAAAGCUCUUUUCCUCUAGUGUUUCUGAAAGCUUUCAGGAGUGGCUAAAGUGUGCUUGCUGUGACUGCAGGCGGCGGAAAGCCUCUGAGUCUGCAGAAAAGACAGAUCUAAGGUCACCCGCAGACAGAGAGGAAACCCCUUCUAGCAGUAAAAUAAGUUCUAUGCCCAGCCAGAUCUUGAAUGCCGAUGAGCUCUUUUCUGCUUAA